ACAUGAAGUCCUUAAAACUCGAGCCUGAAAUAGCACCAGCAUGGUUCGAGCACGGCCGCCAAAUCGAGCUCUGAAAAGAGAAAAAAUACUCGCCCUUGCAAAGGGUUUUCGUGGUCGUUCUAAGAACUGCUACAGUAUAGCAAUAAGAAGAGUCCAGAAAGCUCUGCAGUAUCAGUACAUCAGCAGAAGGCUGAAGAAAAGAGAAAUGCGUACACUGUGGAUCACCAGAAUAAAUAUUGCUACCAGAGAACACAAUAUCAACUACUCAACCUUCAUGCAUAAAAUGGUUCAGUGUAACAUCCAAUUAAACAGAAAAAUGAUGUCUGAACUGGCCAUACAUGAACCUAGAUCAUUCAAGGCCCUGGCAGAACUUGGAAAACGUCGCUUAAAAGAUGGCUUAUUGGCAGCUCUUUAGUAAUACAUUGAUACUCCUUGGAAUCAAAAGAUCAUAUAAACAGUGCUUUGCUUAUUACUGUAGUGAGGAAGGUCACAUCAUGAAUACUGAUGUUCUAGUAUUGAUCUUAGUCAUGUUAAACAAAAUAUUGUUACAUUUUUGUACUUAUUAUUUUCUCUUGGGCAGUUUGUUCUGAACUGGCCAUUAAUUCCUUUAUGACAUGGAACAGGUUAUGUUUGACAUGUAUACUGGACGUACUUGGUGCUGUCUUGUGUGGUUAUUUUAGUGUCAUAUUCAUCAUGUACAUCACAGAAUGAUGCAGCCUAACACCAACACGUAAUGCCUACAACUCAUGGAAAUAACUUUCUACGCAAAUGUCACAUUAUUUUUCAAUAACCUGUUACCAUGUCCAUGCAAUAUGAUGAAUUCCUUUUGUGUGUCAUCUUAUAUACUUAUUUUUAAUUAUGUAGAUACCUGGCCUAUAUAUUUGUCAAGAUUUAAAAUUUGCAAAAUGCUGUA